AUGACACAUGUAUCCGCAUUUACUGUCGUAGAGGAGGGCUCUGGGGUUCUUUUCCUGGAACACAGUUUGUCUCGCCCGCAUCGGUCCACCUUACGAUUUGCGGAGAAGAAGUGGCGGCCUAACGACAUCAAUGCGGAUGUUACGUCGCGGAAUGACACGUAUGUCGCCCUCCGGUCCCAAGACGAAGACCUGCUUCGUCAUGUGGACUUCAUACACUAUCAAGGGUCCCGACUGUUUUGCGGGCGACAGCACACUUAUCUCUGGAUGGACAUUGAUCUACCCGGCGUGCAUCAAAAUCUGCACCGCGUUCCUUUGAUCAAUUUGCCUGCUCGUUUGCUGGCUACCGGAGAUGCGAACCAGGCAGAUGUGCAUUCUUUGCUCUUGAAUCCGUUUACUUCUGAUGAUCAGAAUGCCAAAUCACCCGAAGACGAUUUCAUUGUCCUAGCGCCAAAGGACAUUCCACCUCAGUACAUGUAUGGCGACUGCCUCAUCGAUUAUACCAGCGAGAUACGGGCGGUUCCUUUUGGUCUACAAUGGUACCUUCGUUUCGGCACCUGCCUCGAGGGCAAGAUACAGCUUGCCCUCGUCUGGGACUCCCCUGAAUGUCACACAGUCAUUUUCAAGGUCACAACCCACUCGCGCGGAACAUAUUUCCGGCUCGAUUGUUCCAGUAACGGCUUCAAUCUCCGCCGCAGAUUGUUGCUCUUCCAAGCACUGGUCACCUGACUGCAGUACAUUUCCUUGCAAUACCGGGCACAGGUUGAUUGUCUAAUCUGUUUCACACUGGCUCGCGUGUCCAAUCACGCGUCCUGGCAAUUGGACUGCCUUUACCCCUUGCCUUGGCGCCGGAACUGCCCGUCUCUCUGGUUGCUCCGACUAAACGCUUAAAAGAACAGAAUGAGCGGCAGCCCGCGUUCUUCACGAUUGCAUCGAUCCUCUGUACCAUUGUUAUCUUCAUUACACCGUAUCAUAUCAAUAUCUU